AGUCUCCUCCAAAUAAGCUUCCUCUAUGGAUGACUAAAGAGAGCAAAGUGGAUGCAGUGGAUGACAAAAAGAGGAAUCCAGUCCAUCGGAGUGUCCUGGAAGACAACCUUCCUUUCUUUGAAUUCCAUGGUUCCAUUGUCUACAGUUGUAAUUCCAGUGAUUGCUCUUUACUUUCUGAAGAUAUUAUUGCAACCUUGCCUGAUGGAGCCGUCCUGGGAUUUGACAUUGAAUGGACACCGUCCUACACCAAAGGGAAGGAAGGGAAAGUUGCUUUAAUCCAGCUGUGCGAGUCUGAGAAAAAAUGUUACCUGUUUCACAUCUCAGCCAUGUCAAGCUUCCCCGUGGGACUAAAAAUGCUGCUUGAAGAUAAAAGUGUUAAAAAAGCUGGUGUCGGUAUUGAAGGAGAUAAAUGGAAGCUGAUGCGUGAUUUUGAAAUCCGAUUGGACGGCAUUGUCGAGUUGGCUGACCUUGCCAAUGAAAAGCUAAAAUGCAAGGAGAUCUGGAGCCUGAACAACCUCGUAAAACAUCUGUUCCACAAACAGCUUCUGAAAGACAAUUCGAUCCGUUGUGGUAAUUGGGAACAAUUUCCGCUAACAGAGGAGCAGAGGCUGUAUGCAGCUACGGAUGCUUAUGCUGGCUUCCUCAUCUUUCAAAAGAUGGCAAAUAUGAAAAGUCUUAAGCAGAUACGGCUUGGUGCUGAAGAAGAUGGUGUACUUGUACAGAAUGACAUAAAGAAGGAAUUAACCUCUUUAUCAGAAGAGAUUAUGGAUUUGGCUCAUCACCUUCCGAACUCUUUUGAACAACCCAUAAAUGUGCAAAGAGCGGCAGAAAUAUUAACCAGUAUUUCAGAAAACAUCGAGACCUUGAGAAGAGUGUUGGUUGUUGAGUCCAGUUGCCAGACAGCACUGAGAAAUGUUGCAGAAUCAGGAACUGAAGGUAGUGAAGAAAUAAAAACAGAAAGAGCUGGAUUGGAUUCCAAGACCGUAGGUGAUUUCAGUGACUCCAUAGAUCAUAAAUUAUCGGGUGUCCAAAAAGGAACCGUGGCAGAAGGAGAACUUAACAUGGAGAAACAAAUAGAUCGCGCUUCAAGCGGAGGCCCUCAAGUAGCUGCAGAAAGAGACUGCUUGAUGUCGCUGGACAUCACUGAGUGCGAACUUCAGAUGUUGGAGCGUCUGGCCCAGGAAGAGCUGCUGAAUGAAACAACUUGUAUGUCGGAGGAUUUAAGCGUCAUAGAGGAGGAAGAGAAUUCUUCUUUCACCAUUGAAAGUGAUGACGAAUUGGAGAUGGAGAUGGUUAAAUCUUUAGAAGGUGUAGAUAAGCGCCCUGCAGAUUGUACGGCCUCCCAGCUGGCUGAAACAAGGAGACCAAGUGAUGCUGUUGCAGAUGAUGAAGAUGAAGGCAUUGAGGAGGAAGAGGAAAGCUGGGAUUCCUCCUUACCUGGACCAAAUAAUAAGCAAAUCAGCUGCCUAAAGACCUAUUUUGGACAUUCAAGUUUUAAACCGGUCCAGUGGAAAGUGAUCUCUUCGGUUUUGCAAGACAGAAGAGAUAACCUCGUUGUUAUGGCAACUGGGUAUGGCAAGAGUUUGUGCUUUCAGUUUCCACCUGUAUACACCGGAGGUACUGGAAUAGUCAUCUCUCCCCUUAUUUCUUUAAUGGAGGACCAGGUACUCCAACUCGAGAUGUCAGGAAUUCCAGCUUGCCUUCUUGGGUCAGCACAGUCAAAAAACGUCCGAAAGGAUAUCAAAGCGGGCUGCUAUAAAGUUGUCUACAUGACUCCAGAGUUCUGUUUGGGGAACUUGUCGUGGCUUCAGGAACUCGAGCGGUCGAUUGGUUUGACGCUGAUAGCUGUUGAUGAAGCGCACUGCAUUUCUGAAUGGGGACACGACUUCAGGAACUCUUUCAGGUCUUUGGGGUCAUUAAAGACAACUCUUCCUGAGGUUCCUAUUAUGGCUCUCACUGCAACAGCAAGCCCUUCCAUUAGAGAUGACAUUGUGCGUUGUCUAAACUUAAAAUCUCCUCAGAUAACAUGCACUAGCUUCGAUCGGCCGAACCUGUACUUAGAAGUUGGACGAAAAACGGGGAGUAUUAUCCAAGAUCUGCAGCAGUUCCUUAUUAAAAAAGAAAAAUCUGCUUAUGAGUUUGAAGGUCCCACUAUUAUUUACUGCCCUUCAAGGAAGAUAACUGAACAGGUAGCUGCAGAGCUGUCGAAACUGAAUCUUCCGUGCCGUACAUACCACGCCGGCAUGGGAAUCAAAGCGAGGCGAGAUGUCCACCAUAGUUUCAUGAGAGACGAAAUUCAGUGCGUUGUAGCUACUGUAGCCUUUGGAAUGGGCAUCAAUAAGCCAGACAUCCGGAAGGUUAUUCAUUAUGGUGCCCCAAAGGAGAUGGAAUCGUACUACCAGGAAAUCGGAAGGGCUGGUCGUGAUGGGCUUCCGGCCUCUUGCUCUGUGUUGUGGACCUCUGCUGAUAUGGCUCUGAACAGACACCUACUCAGUGAGAUAUGCAACGAAAGAUUUCGCAUGUACAAAUUCAAGAUGAUGGCCAAGGUCAAUACCUAUCUUAGUUCGAUCAGCUGCCGGCGGAAAAUCAUCUUGUCUCAUUUUGAAGACAAACAACUCCGAAAGGCAUCGUCUGGCAUCAUGGGAACAGAAAAAUGUUGCGAUAAUUGCAGAUCCAGGAACAUUUGCUGUACUUAUGGGGUUGACACAGAAGUCAGUUUGCAAGAUUUUGGUCAGCAGGCUUACCUGUUGAUGUCUGCAAUAUGUGCCUUAAAUGAGAAAUUUGGCAUGGGCGUUCCAAUCCUGUUUCUCAGAGGAUCUAAUUCUCAACGUCUGCCAGACAGAUACCGAACCAAUCCUCUUUUUGGCAGCGGGAAGGACUGGCCAGAGAACUUGUGGAAGGCACUCGGUCGGCAGCUUAUUCUGGAAGGCUUUCUUAAAGAAGUUUCUGGGCAUAGCAAAUUUUCCACCACGUGCAAGCUGACUCAGACGGGGAACAACUGGUUUUGCAAAGCUAGAAGCGAAUCGGAGCGAAAGCUGCUGCUUCAACCUGACGAGGAACUUUAUGUAAAGAAACCUAGUGUCAGCUCUAAACAAACACCUUUGCCUGCAGGACAUUUCUCCGAUGUGUCUAAGCUGAUGCCAGAAAAGCAGACAUCUUUGCACGAAAUGUUCUCCUAUCGAGAAGCAAGUAAAGUCUCUAGAGGGAGUGCGCUUCCAAAUACAAGUGCCCCAGUGCAGUCACCGGCUAAACUGCCUCCUGUGCCCUGGACCCCUACAGAACCUGUUAUAUCUCCAAGGGAGAAGGAAUUACAGACGGUUCUCUAUGGCAAGUUAGUGGCAGCCAGGCAAAAACUAGCCAGUGAGAAGGACAUCCCUCCUGCCAUUUUAGCAACCAACAAAGUGCUGGUAGAUUUGACCCUGAUAAGGCCUACAACUUUAGAAAAUGUGAAGAGAGUUGAUGGCAUUUCUGAAGCCAAAUCCACCAUGUUGGUUCCGCUCCUGAGCACAAUCAGGGAGUUCUGUCAAGCCAAUAAUCUCCAGUCGGACGUCUUCAAGUCUUAUGGAUCCAGGGCCCAACCACAAAUUGUCCUUCAGCCGGAAGGUGGACGCGGCACUUUAACACAAUCAGAGCACAUAACGUAUAUGCUUUUUCAGCAAAAGGAUAUGACAUUGAAGCGUAUAAGUGAGACGCGGUCUUUACCUCUUACGGUGGUUGGCACUCAUUUAUCCCAAGCUCUGAAAGCUGGCUACCCAGUUGACGUAGAAUGUGCAGGUCUGACUCCUGAGAUACAAGAGCUGAUCACCAAAGUCAUCCAGAGCCCUCCCAUCAAUUCAGAUGUAACAAGAAUGAAAGACAUUAGAGCUUUAGUGCCUGCAAAGAUUGACCUGUAUCUCAUAAGGAUGACCAUUGUACUUCUGGAGAGUCAGUUGCUGGUACCCCAGACAGACUCAGAGAAACAAAAGCUACCUCAAGAAUCACGAUGGCUGCAGUCAAGGACGGGAUCGGUGCAGAAGAAUGAAGAGAAGAUUGUGUGGAUUGAAGCCAAGGGAGAAUCUGUUAAGCCAGCUGUCUACAAACCUAGUUCUGCGUCCCGUGAAAGUAUAAAGCAAGAUCUCUCAUCUUUAGAUUCUCCAUCUUGGGCAAAGAGCAGCAGCGAAGAGCCAUUCCCUAACGUCAUCAAGCAGGAGGUCCAGAGCCAUCAGAGCUCUAUCAAAUUAGCAUCAUGGAAUCAGCCUCCACUCAACCCUGAGGAGGAAGACCUCUUUACAGAUUCCCAGUCACAGAUCUUAAGUCAGCCUUCAAAAAGGAAGUUACCAGAAUGGUUUGGAACUUCACAGGGACCUGCUCCUCAUGUUAGGACUUCUAAAAAAUCAAAGGGAGGAGGAAGCAAAGGUCUUUUUGGCUGAACUUGAAAAUAUGUAUAUUUAAAACCUGGAUUGAAGCCUUUGGAGUUUAUUUGUUUACUUCUGUUAGCCGUAAUGAAAACAAACUGGGCAAUAUAUGGAUAUUCCAUUUUAAAAAAUGAAAUACUGAAGGAAAACUGAAUUUUUCAGAAGACAUCUCCUCAUUCUUUAACCUCUUCCUACAUACAAGACUUCUCAAGUCCAAAGCCGGAGCCCCCAAGCAAUGAAAGUAGACGAAAAAUAAUGGAUGGCUUAAGCCAGGUUGUCUGUUGCUGCAAAGUCAUUCCUUUCACCAUAUGCACUGAAGAAUUUCCAUGUGAAUUAUAGUGGGGCCAUGUUCUGAAUACGCUUCCAAGAUGAGUGCACGUAACCAGCCAGACCACUGCAGUAUAGUCAGCCAAUUCCCGUAUUCUUUAUGUUUAUUACUAUUUCUAAAUAUGCUAGUCAUAUGGGAAAUUAAUGACCUAACAAGAUAUUGUUGUGGUGCAUAAGCAACCUGUAGUCACUUUUCUUUCAUUAUUGUUAACGCUUUUUGUUUAGUUUUGGUGAAUUUUGGCACUUCUUUAUAAAUUUAAAUUUGUUUGCAAUGAAAAGUCGGUGUUCAGUGCCAUUAUGAAUAUCAAGGUUUCAUUUAUGAUUAAACAGAUGAGUCAAUUUUCAAAAAGUCUCUAACAUUUAAAGACAUUCUGAAAGGAUUACCACUUACUUCAGCCUUGGCUUUUCCUCUAAAUAA